AUGCAGCAGCGACCGCCAAACCGCCCAUCUCCCGCUGCGACCCCGGGACCGUCGCUGCAGAACUCGAAUCAGGGGGUCUCGGGAUUGCAAACAAAUUUCAUGGCCCCCCUUCCACCCCCUCUCCCGUCCUUUCCAACUAAUGGGAUCACCCCUCCACAUCCUCACCCUGUCGCACCGUUCCCACCCCCUCCCCAUUCUCAUGGCACGCUCCACCUUGGACCAAUCGCUCCACCUCCUCCUUCCUCACCUCACCGCUCUCAACCGUUCUACACACUAGCCAUGACUCACCUCCCAACAAUGAACCCUCGUCCUCGUCCACAUUCUUCGCUCUUCCCUCACUCGCCCCCUCAGUUCCCUCUUCCUCCACCUCCUCCUCCGCCCACCACCAUUCUCGAAAGCAGACAGGCAGUAUUGCCGAUACUACCAAGACCACAACUGCUGCAACCGGUACCGCUCCGGUUCCCUUACCCUACCACAAUUAACAUCACCUGCACCCACUGCGGCAAUCAUCUCAUAGUGGACCUCACUGCUCAUCACCUGACUAGUUUCAGGGGGCCCCCCUCCAGACCCCAGUUCGUCCACACAGCUCAAAAUGGUCCAGUCUUCUGGAGGCUUCCGUUGGUGCGACCUCUGACCUCAAUGACCCCGCCCACCCAGACCUCUGUCUCGGUCUCUUCGUCUGCUCCAUUACUCAAUGCACACGGAGCUCACCUGGCCUCCCAUUCUCGUCCACCUCCUCCUCCUCGCGAAACUCCAAGAGAGACAGAAAAAGAGCCCAGAUAUCGAAAAUCUUCGACGAAAAGUUCGUCAGGGUCUUCGUCCAAGAGUAAAAGGAGUGUUGGAGGGAGAGAGGUAUCCUCGCGUCUAACGGCUGGAAUAAUUCCGUACCGAGAGAGAAGAAGAGCAACGUCAAUAGAAACACAUGCCAGACAACAGCUGGAACUGGAGUUUGCAACUCUGGAAAAGCCGACUGUGAUGAAAAUGGGAGAGAUAGCGGGGAGGCUGAGUGUGUCCCGGGAGUUUGUGCGGCAGUGGUUUGCCAGUCGUCACCACCGACUGCAGCAGAGAGCAUCAUCGUCGUCGUCGUCAGGGGAGACUCGGGAGAGAACGAUUCCCUCAGACACUUACGAAAUAACGGUCGAAGUCCCUCCCACUGAUAGUUACUUACUGCCUCCUCAGACUGUGGUAGUUCAGAAUGAUACUUCACCCAAGUGA